GUAAUUCUAAGUUGCAGCUCUAUCAUAAGCUAAGAAUGCUGCAGUGGAUGGGAGGAUCAAGGCGGAAAGUCGCUGCCACGCACACUUCUGUGAAGAAGAGGCAACAGCAAUACUUUGAACAGAGGAGACGGCAACAGCAGCAGCAGCAGCUAGGAGUUGGAUCUGACAGCUGUGCCGAUGAACCAACCAGUACUAGGCCAUUUCAGAUGCAACAUCGUUCCUUGGAUAUUCUAAAUUUGCUCAACUUGUCAACUGCUGUUCCGCAACACAACACUUCUUGUGCCGAAGGAAAGGGAGAUCUGGCUGCUGAUUCCUCUACAAAGAAGCACAAUAUUCCAAAAGAAAUAGGAAGUUUGUCUGGAGUCAAAGUGGAGCCUGCGUUGUCAAAGAAGACUUCAUUUAGUGUCCCAGGGCAAGGCAACCAGAUAAAUGAUUCCAAGAGAACAAACAACAGAACAGACCUGUUGACGGAGUGUACAGAGCAGAAGUUAUCUGUGUUUGAUUUGGUUGCUGAUGAUCCUGCAACAACCAACAUGGAAGAAAAUCCCCGAUGUGAGGCUCACAUGGCAUUUUCAGUUGAAGGAUUAGGUAAAAUAAAGACAGAAACGCCAACACAUUCUCCACAGCGGCCUGACAGAACAUACCCCUCUUGGCGCUCCUCUCCGUGGAAGGUUUCAAGCCCACCAGAUAUAUCUGGUGUCAGAGAUGAACACGACGACCUUGAGACGGAAGUGGAUGCAAUUUUGGAAAGCAGCAAGAUGUUCCAAGGUGGCCAUCCUUUUAGAUUCUCCUCAGGAAUACAAGCUUCAGGUGGCACCAGAAAGCAGAGACUGCCCCAUUCCAGAGAGUAUUCGCACAAACCAUAUAUCAGUGACUCGAGAAACUUCUUCCUCGAAACCGCAGACUUUGACAACAGAAGAGCCCACAAUGAAAAUGAACGGAAUGCCAGGUCCAGCUUCCUCGAUGACAGAGAGGACAAUAUGUACUGGAAGGACCAACAGCCAUUUGAAAUGGAAAGUACGAAAGCUGACUUUCUGGAAUAUGUAAAUGACUACCUUCCAGGUCGCUCUUCUGCAGAAGACCAUCCGACAAAGAAGAGGGAUUACAUGGGAACUACUGCAAGACCUAGCACUGACGAUUCGUUAGUCCAAAGGCGUAAGAUACCGGAAGCGGGCAUUGAACACCCAAGUUCCAGUAGAACACUGGCAUCCAGAUAUUUCAAUUCCCCAGAGAAGUUUGAUUUUGGAGAUGAAUUUGACCCUCCAGUUUGGUCAUCCUUCCGAGCUGAGAAAGACAAGGACAGUCUGAGCUUGCGUAGCGAUGAAUCGUGUUCGUCUAGUGCAGUUUGGACCGGUGAGACCACCAUUUCAAGGUUGAAGACCGAUACGACACGACAGAGGAGAAGGGAUCUUGAUUCCUUUCAAAAUCAUGGAGACAAGAAUGAUCUGAAUAGUUGCUUUGCCCAAAAAGCGUGGGAAGAAAGGGACGGAUGUCACCAUUUGAAUAGAAAAGACGGGCUGGAAGACUAUGAGUUAGCGUCAAACCCAGAAAGGUCGAAAUGCACCAGCCACAGAUACACUUCCUCCUCCCAUGGACAUGGAGAUCUAGAAAAACCAGGCAAUUGGUUUGCAGAAGGAUUUACCUUCAAGAACAUGGCCUCGGGUUUGCCUCAUUUUUCUGAAAGCUUUACCAUGACUCCUCCUCCAUCGUCCAGUCCCAUGCCAAGUUGCAGAGAUCCAUCCGUUCCAUCAUUAGACUUCCUUCACUCCGAAUCUUUUGAUAUCAGACCGGAGGGAGAAAAGCCACGUGCAUUUCCAGACCUUGAGCUUGGUGGUUUGCAUCGGCAAUCAUCUUGUAUUUCUGGUUCUGUUCACGAGACGUGGCUUCCCAACGUUUAUGUACAACGAGGCCCUGCAAACGAUGAACACGACCAUGACGUAAUCUGCUUACCAGUCAAGCGCAAACAUGAACCAAAGCAAGAGAACAAAAUGAAAACUGAAGCUGUUAGCUCCGAGAACGGGAACGAGAACGAGAACGAGAGAACGGAAGAAACAAGGGAUAGGAUGAGUCAUAAAGUGAAUCGGAAAGCAACGCAAGAGCAGGCAGGAGAAACCUCGUCAUCUUCGGUGAAGACGCCCGAAAAUGAAUGCAGUAACUACGAGAAAGAGGAACCCAAAGCUCGCCAUUACAGAAAAAGAGUGACAGGAACAGGAACAGAAGGAAGAGAAAUGGCAAGGACGAAGGCAAGUGGGGACUCGUUACAACAAAUUGUAAUGCUCGAAAGACACACGCUUCAACUUGUUCGUUUUGAGAGGGCCUUGUUUCAGAACUCUUUAAGAAGUUGGUAAGUUCGUUCCCUGUCUGCAUGCGUUAAUUCGAAAUUUAUCAGCGAUCUGUGAACUAUUUCCAGGGAGAUCAUAUUGGAAAUGUGAUUUCACUUGCCCG